AGACUCAAAUACUAAUUUAGUUUAUGUUGCUACAGGAGCUAAGCAACAAUGGUUACCAUCUUGUUUUCCAGUUUAAUUCUACUUCUGCCUUUAAUUAAUCCUAUUCAAGGGGUAGAGGAGGAUUUCAACCAAUGCGGAAGAUUCUCUCCAACAGGGGAAUAUACUUAUUUUUGUGCUCUUUAUGUUCGAACGGAAAAGUCCAGCAUAUUUCUAGGGGGAGGAACCAUGAUACAAAGAAACCAAAUUCUAUCCUUGGCUACUCUGUUCACAAACUUCAAAAUUCUAGGAGAAGGAUCGUCCUGUGACGGAUAUUCACCUAAAUAUUCACUUUUCGCGAGAUGUGGUGGGAAGGAUCUACAAGUAACAAGGGAAGAGACAACCGAACCUUCUUCUCUAGAUAGACCCAUCCAGAAAAUAUUCCUACAUCCCUCCUACAACAACAGGAGUCUGACGAACGACUACGCUAUUCUGAUCACAACUGAACCAUUCCAAUAUUCGUCAAAACUAGGAAGAGUUUGUUUGCCUCACCCCGGAGAAUCUGAGACAGAUAUAUUCACCAAGGAUUGUCAAGCUAUAGGUCAUGGAAAGGAUGGAGAAGAUCUUUUUGACAACUUUUACUCCUCACUUUUGAGAAAGGUAGAUCUAUCGGUGGUUAAAUCAGAAGACUGCGAGGAAAUCUUGAAUACAAAACAUUUCCAAAACUUCUCGCUGGGCGGCGCUGAUAACUCUUGGCGAUGGAAGAUCGACGAAUCUUUUCUAUGCGCAGGGGGUGUUGCUGGCCUAGAUACUUGUGAGGGGGAUGGAGGAGGUCCUCUUCUUUGUAAACGAUUUGAUGUACAAGAGGUUCUCGCUGACUCUGGGCUGAAUGCUACCUUUUUUCAGGUUGGUGUCACUGCCUGGGGUGUAGGGUGUGGAAGGAGUAUACCUGGAGUUUACUCUAGAAUAUUUAUCGCAAUUUGCUGGAUUAAACAGGUUAUGCAAUGUUAUCCAGGAGAAGAGAAUUUACCUGAUUUGGACAAUUCAGGAGGAUUAAUUGAUCUAAGAAAUGAACAAGACAGUGUUGAUACCUGUGGACAACCCGAGAGCUGCGGCUGCACAACGGAAUCCCAGGAGAACCUUUUCGAACUCCGGAUUGAUUGAAUUAAAUAUCAAAAACUUGUUCAGUGUGACCCAUAAAACAGUGGACUAGAAAGACGACUUGAACAAAGCAACUGUGCAGUGCACCACAGACCAAUUUCACUCAAUAAGUUGAUUUUUAAAAUAUUUGAAAAACUAUAUGGUUUAUAACAACCUCAAAUACACAUAAUAUUGCCUAAACAUCGUCUUCUUCUUCCAAAUUUUUAUGGGUCUUACUAUAUUAUUUUUUACUUUACGAGAAUGUUAAUUUAAUCAUACCUGAAGGCAUUUCAAUACACUUAAUCAAGAUUUA